AUUGGUGUGAGAUCCUUCCCUUGGAUUCCUUCCAUCUCUCUUUCAUAUACAGUAGCAAGGAAUAGCAAGCUAGUGCUUCAAUGGCGUCAUCAGACCUCAACAACACACAAGCCUACAACAAAUCCAAGCAACAAGUCUCCACAAUGUUAAAACAAGGCUUCAUCUCUGACUUCUUUCUCUCUCCUCCACCAUCUUCUUCUCCCUCCGACCCGAUUCGACCUCUUCAAAGCCCGAUCCGAUCCACCCCUAGCCCAACCCUCUUUGAGAUGAUGACCGAUGAACACACCCGGGACUCCAGACAUUCCGUACAGAAAAUGCGGAUCGAAGGACGGGUGGCUAGGGUUUUAUCUGGAGCUCCGUUUCGGAAUCCUGCAGAUUGGGGAUUAGGGAUUGGGGAUGUGAAGCUCACAAUCACGGGGCGUGAUGGUUUCAGUGUGUCCAUGGAUGUACACCGGGAGGUUUUGGCCAGUCGGAGCCAGUUCUUCAAGGAGAAAUUGGGGCGGAGGAGUGGCUCACAUCAUUCAGUGGAGAUUUGCGAGUGUGAUGAUGUUGAAGUUUAUCUGGAAACCCUAGUUCUCAUGUACUGUGAUGAUCCCAAGAAGAUGAAGAUGGGUGAAGGUGUUUCUAAGAUCUUAGGAUUGCUCAAGGUUUGUGAUGCAUUGAAGUUUGACGAUGGGAUAUCGUCUUGUUUAGAGUAUUUAGAAGCCGUCCCUUGGUCCGAAGAAGAAGAAGAGAGCGUGAUCUCUCAUCUUAACGAACUUCAUCUCGUUAACGAUUGUGACGUUCUACAACGAGUGGCCUUGGAUCCAUCGACUUCUUCAAGAAUAGACGACAUUUUCUUGAGGUUACUCACUGGAGUUUUACAGGCGAAAGAUGAAAAAGCCCGUCGAGAAAUGAAAACUCUAAUCUCUCGAUUACUUAAAGAAGACGCAUCCGAAUCCGAUCAUGGUUAUGACUACCAUAAACUUGAAAUCUCGAAAGAAACACUUUAUACCGUUUCCCACAAAUGUCUUACUUCCCUUGUCCUUUGCUUAUCUGAGGCAACAUCCACGGAUGAAAACAAAGGAAUGAUGGCCGAAAUAGCUCGAGAAGCUGAUAAUCUUGAAUGGGUUGUUGAUAUCUUGAUCGAAAAACGGAUUUGUGAAGAAUUCGUGAAGUUAUGGUCGGAUCAAAAGGAUCUUGCAAUACUCCACUCUAAAGUUCCGAUAAUGUUUAGGCAUAAAGUUAGCCGGAUUACAGCACAAUUGUGUAUCGCGAUCGGUAGAGGGAACAUUUUGGUGCCAAAAGAGACACGGGUAUCUCUUCUUUCAACAUGGUUGGAAGCUUUAUACGAUGAUUUUGGAUGGAUGAAAAGGGGUUCAAGAAAUGGUGACCGGAGAUUGAUCGAAGAUGGGAUAAGUCAGAUCAUUCUUACGCUGCCAUUGUUGCAGCAGCAAGCUUUCUUGAUGAGUUGGUUUGAUCGGUUUCUUGAAAAAGGGGAUGAUUGUCCAAAUAUCCAAAGAGCGUUUGAGAUUUGGUGGAGGAGGGCUUUCGUUAGGCAACCGGUGGUCGAGCCCCAGUUGCAGAUAACCGUUUGCGACUACCCAAGCUGAUUUAUCCCUCAAACCGUGUGUCGAAUUAAGAAGCUUUAUGAACCCGAGCGAAAUGUACAUACGUUAGAGGUACGUUCUUAUAUUUGCAUAAAUUAAACCAAAUCAAACGUACCAGUACAGUAUGUGUCCCUUGAACGAGUGGGGUCCAGGUCCGGGUCGGGUCCGGGAGGGAUAGGAUGCACGUAGAUCUAGCCAUAUGAGUUCUUUUAUUUAAUGAUUUGUGUCAUUGUGUUAUUUGUUUUUGGUUGAUUUUAGUAUGAUCCUAAUAAACAGCAAGAUGUGUACUUCAAAAGAUGCUAGUGAACACUUGAUCUACAAAUAGCUUCAGUUGUCCACUGAAAUUACUUAAUUGUCCUUGUU